UGCCAGAUACAGCAAAAGGGAUAUUAAACUAGGGCUUAUAUCGGCCAUUAGUUCUUAUUACUGGUGAGGUUUCGAGGCGCAACAUGGCCGUGAUUGGAAUCACUUUCAGAUUUUCUUGGUUUUGUUGCCUGCUAAUUGGCGGGAUAACCUCUUCUACAUCAAGCUCACUUAGGUCUAAAGGAUAUGGAAAAUACAUCUCUCCAACAGCUCAAUUGCAAGCGCAGCUGACCGAAGAACAACAGAAACAUCUGGCCUCCAUCCUGCAAAAGCAACUGGACCCCAUGCCCCAGGCACCUCAGCAAGUGCGGUAUCCAGUUCAAAUUCCCCAGCAGCAAAAGCAACCAGCUACUGGGCCUCAGCAGCAGACGGAACUGACCACCAUGCCCCAGAAGCAACUGGCACCAAUGGAUAUACCGCAGAAACAACCAACAGCUAUGCCCCAGCAAACAUGGUAUCCGGCUCAAAUGCAGCAGAAGCAACCGGCCACCAUUCACCAGCAAGUGUGGCAUCCAGCUCAAUUUCCCCAGCAGCAAAAGCAACCAGCUACUGAACCUCAGCAGCAGAAGGAACCGGCCGCCAUGCUUCAGCAAGUGUGGCAACUGGCCCCCAUUCCCCAGCAGCCUCAUGACGUGUGGUAUCCAGCUAAAAUGGUCCAGAAGCAACGAGCCGCUGCAACUCGGCGGCAGAAGGAACUUAUCACCAUGCCACAGCAAGUGUGGUAUCCAGCUCAAAUGCCCCAGGAGCAGAAGCAACCGGCCACCAUAACGCAGCAAGAGUUGCAUCCAGUGCACGUUCCCCAGCAGCAACAGGAACCGGCCACCGUACCCCAGCAAGUGAGAUAUCCAGGUCAAAUGCCCCAGAAGCAUCUGGCCUCAAUGCCUCUGCAGCAGAAGCAACCGACCGCCAUGCCCCAGCAAGAGUGGCAUCCAGCUCCAAUGCUGCAGACGCAACUGGCCCCAAUGCCUAUCCUGCAGAAACAACCAACAGCUAUACUCCAGCAAACAUGGUAUCCAGCUCAAAUGUCCCAGCAGCAGAAACAACUGACUACCAUGCUGCAGAAGCAACCAGCCCCAAUGCCUCAACCGCAGAAGGAACAGGCCACCCUGCCCCCGCAAGUGUGGCAUCCAGCUCAAAUGCCACAGCAGCAAAAGCAACCAGCUACUGAAACUCGGCAGCAAAUUGAACCGACCGCCAUGCCCCAGCCACCUCAGCAAGUGUGGCAUCCAAAUCAAUUUCCUCAGGAGCAGAAGCAACCAGCCCCUAUGCAUCUACCGCAGAAGGAACUGACUGCCAUACCCCAACAACUGUGGCAAACGGCUCAAAUGCCCCAGCAGCAUAAGCAACCGGCUGCCAUGCUUCAACAAGUGUUGCAUCUGGCACAGAAGCAACCGGCCCCUAUGCCCCAGCAGCCUCACGACGUGUGGUAUCCAGCUAAAAUGGUCCAGAAGCAACAAGUCGCUGCACUGACCGCCAUGCCGCAGACUCAUCAGCAAGUGUGGCAUCCAGCUCAAUCUCCCCAGCAGCAGAAGCAACCGGCCUCCACCCCUCUACCGCAGGAGCAGCCGACCGCCGUAUCCCAGCAAGUGUGGUAUCCAGCUCAAAUGUCCCAGCAGCGGAAGCUACACACUGCCAUGCCACAGCAGCAACUGACCGCCAUGCCUCAGCAGAAGCACUACCAAAGCACUGAAGAUGGUGCCUCUGGUAGCGCUCAGGCCAGCAUCGUUGAACAGUCGGGUGUCAUCCCAAUCUAUUCCUACAGUUCCAAAUCGCACUACGAGAAUGGCAGAACUGUCUUUUCCCAAAUCGGCUACACUCCUAGGGAGGCAAUGCCUGUUGACAGUGGAAAUGCUCCCAAGGACGGUUAUGUUAGCUUUGGUGCACCAAGCAUAUAUCCACCACUAGUAAAGGAUUCUGCAAGGUAAUGGUUCACUUUAACCUGCUCUGAACUUAGCUCUCUGAAUUUGAAGUCCUUUGUACUAACCAUAUAUCUAUCAACAGGAAAAUGUAAUGGAUUCAUCCUCUAGAAGCUCUAAUGGUGAAUUGUUUAACAUUGGUUACUUAACAUUCUGUGUUGCUGACACUGCAUUUCUUUGUGCUUUUGUUUCGACCAGGAAGUUGCUGGUGCUCUUGCUACUCCAGAGUUAUGGAAUACAUAUACAAUUUUACUUUCAAAAAUGCCUUGUCUCUUUGAAAUAAUGAUUCUCGCGUGUCCAUUGCUUGCGAAUUGAGAACAGGUGGUGCGCAGUCUUGUAAAAAUGACUGCUCAGUUAAUUCUUUGGUUGUUCAUCUUUUACCUUUGCUACUGGUUGUUAAAAAUAAAAGCUUGGGUCUACGUAAGAGUA